AUGACUGUCAAUCGCAGAGAUGACAGAGGUAGGGCUGGUCCCUACAGGGAACAUGAGCGUCGAGGCCGGUCCUCCGUUUUUCACUAUGCUUACAAGCAUCGGGGUGACAAUAAUCGCCAGCAGAGCGACGUCCGGAGGGAGGAGAGACGGGACGGAGUCAGAGCAAUGAGAUCUGCUCGAAACUUGGUCUCAUAUGCUGAUCUCAGCGAGCAGGAUAGAGCUGACAAGGAUAGCAUAGAGGAAGGUGUGACAGAGGAAGGUGAGCUUUCGGACACUUCGAACUCGUCGGGCAACUCACGGUCCUCCUGCAGUCCUAGUCCUAGUCAAAGCUAUCGGAGGUAUUCCAGCCCCCCGGCAAGCGAGCUCAGCUACCUUGACCGGGUCUUUGAAGGCGAGCAUUUCCAUGACCGGCUCUCGCCUUGUUUAUGGGACGAGCAAGUGGUUGAAGACAGGCGCCGCCAUUACCACGAGCAUGCCGGCGACGACAGCGCCUACCAUUUCGACCUGAGGCUUCCGCACGUGAAGGCCAUCAUGCGCUAUAUGCACAACAGGUACGAUACAGUGACAGCAUAUAGCAUGGGCAUGAUCGAACACGGGCAAAUAGUGUUCUACAUGGAGGCGUUCCCUUUGGGACUCGGCCAAGGUGACACAGCGGCCAACGUAUUCGGCGGCAAGUCCACUGCCAAAGCGAUGUACAAACAUCGCUAUGGGAUCGUCGUGGGCAAGCACGCUCAGUGCCUCAAGGUCGUCCAGAUGUAUACCUUCCAGGGCAGGGGUCUUGCAGCGAAGUCAGAGAAGUGCCGGAGAGAGUACGUCGGACUCCGCAAGGACAAGUGUGACGACUCCGUUCACGCUUCGCCGCACCAGAAGUUAGACGUCGACUUCUGUGUAUCCUGCCUGCUCGACCAGACCAGUGUGCAUCUGGUGACGGACAAGAUCCACUUGUCCAAUCAUAUCAUGAUUGCCGGUCGCAUCACCAUGGAGUCGCUCACACGACUUCGGAGGUUGGUACGGAAGGUUGAGGAGAGUGGAUGGGAUUGA